AUGGGAGAUGAAGAUUGGGAAGCAGAAAUAAUCAAACCUCAUGUGUCUUCCUAUGUUCCUGUAUUUGAGAAGGAUAGGUAUUCUUCUGGAGCAAAUGGGGACACUUUUAACAGGACUCUGGCUUCAUCGUCAGAAAUGGGUGAUGGAUCAUCUCGAAGAGAUCAUUUCACGAGAAGCGGAUUUGCCUCUGGGAGGAGUUUGGGAAACAGAGAUCCUGGUGAGUCUAAUAAAAGAGAGAAUACGUCCACAGUGGGUGGUUUUGGAGUUGGAAAGAGUUUUGGAAACAGAGGUUUUUCAAAUAACAAGUUUGAAGAAGGUGAUAGCUCUGGUUUCUGGAGAGAGUCUAGUAAUGACUGUGAAGAUAAUCAAACACGGAACAGAGGGUUUUCCAAGAGAGGCGGUUAUCAAGACGGAAAUGAUUCAGAAGCUUCAGGAUCGUCCAGAAGAGGUGGAAGAGGUAGUUUCCGAGGUUGCCGUGGAGGAUUUGGUUUAGGAAGUCCAAAUAGCAAUUAUGAACAAGAUGAGGGGACCCAGCGCUCUGGUGGCAUUUUUGGUUCUAGAAGAUCAGCAUUACGUGGUGCAGAUAAUGGCGACACUUUCCAAAGCAGAAGUGGUAGUGGAAGUGGACGAGGUGGUUACAAAGGUUUAAAUGAAGAAGUAAUUACAGGCUCUGGAAAGAAUUCUUGGAAGUCAGAAGCUGAAGGAGGAGAAAGUGGUGACACUCAAGGACCAAAAGUGACUUACAUACCACCUCCUCCACCUGAAGAUGAGGACUCCAUCUUUGCACAUUAUCAGACAGGCAUUAACUUUGACAAAUAUGAUACUAUUCUUGUAGAAGUAUCUGGACAUGAUCCACCACCAGCAAUUCUGACUUUGGAAGAAGCUAAUCUUUGUCAGACACUGAAUAACAACAUUGCUAAAGCUGGUUAUACUAAGCUUACUCCUGUGCAAAAAUACAGUAUUCCUAUUAUACAAGGAGGACGAGAUUUGAUGGCUUGUGCUCAGACAGGCUCUGGAAAGACUGCAGCUUUUCUCUUGCCAAUUUUGGCUCAUAUGAUGCGUGAUGGAAUAACUGCCAGUCGUUUUAAAGAACUUCAGGAACCAGAGUGUAUUAUUGUAGCACCAACUCGAGAGUUGAUCAAUCAAAUCUAUUUGGAAGCCAGAAAAUUUUCUUUUGGGACUUGUGUAAGAGCAGUUGUCACAUAUGGGGGAACCCAGUUGGGGCAUUCAAUUCGACAGAUAGUACAAGGCUGUAAUAUAUUAUGUGCUACUCCUGGGAGACUGAUGGAUAUCAUAGGCAAAGAAAAGAUUGGUCUCAGACAAGUCAAAUACUUAGUUUUGGAUGAAGCUGAUCGCAUGCUGGAUAUGGGUUUUGGACCAGAGAUGAAAAAGUUAAUUUCCUGCCCAGGAAUGCCAUCAAAGGAACAGCGUCAGACCCUUAUGUUCAGUGCAACUUUUCCAGAAGAAAUUCAAAGGUUGGCUGGGGAGUUUUUAAAGUCGAAUUAUUUGUUUGUUGCUGUUGGACAAGUGGGUGGAGCAUGUAGAGAUGUUCAGCAGACCAUUCUUCAAGUUGGCCAGUACUCAAAAAGAGAAAAACUUGUUGAAAUUCUACGAAACAUAGGUGAUGAAAGAACUAUGGUCUUUGUUGAAACUAAGAAAAAAGCAGAUUUUAUUGCCACUUUUCUUUGUCAAGAAAAAAUAUCAACAACAAGUAUUCAUGGUGAUCGUGAACAGAGAGAAAGAGAGCAAGCUCUUGGAGAUUUCCGCUGUGGAAAGUGCCCUGUUCUUGUUGCUACUUCAGUAGCUGCCCGAGGGCUGGAUAUUGAAAAUGUUCAGCAUGUUAUUAAUUUUGAUCUUCCUUCUACCAUUGAUGAAUAUGUUCAUCGAAUUGGGCGUACUGGUCGUUGUGGAAAUACUGGCAGAGCUAUUUCCUUUUUUGAUCUGGAAUCAGAUAGCCAUUUAGCACAGCCUCUAGUGAAAGUGCUAUCAGAUGCUCAACAGGAUGUUCCUGCAUGGUUAGAAGAAAUUGCCUUUAGUACAUAUGGUCCUGGCUUCAGUGGUAAUGCAAGAGGAAAUGUGUUUGCAUCAGUCGAUACUAGAAAGAAUUACCACGGCAAGAGCUCUUUGAACACAGCAGGGUUUUCUUCAUCACAAGCUCCUAAUCCAGUAGAUGAUGAGUCAUGGGAUUAA